AAAGAAUUUAAAAAGUUUUUAAAUUUGUAACAAAGUCUAUUCACCCCCCCCCCUCUAGACUUUGUAUCUCACCAUUUUUGGGACCACCAAUUGGGAUCGGAGCAAACUUCUCACUAUCUACAUUUAGAUUAAAGAGAAGCGAUCAUAAUGGUGAACAAUAUGGAUCACGGUUUGCCCAAGUUUUUUCUUCUAGGUUAUGAUGAUUGGAAGAUCUUGAUGGAAGCACAUCUCUACGCUAUACACGAUUGCAUGUGGAUGGUGCUGGAAGAUGGACCUUUGAAGAUUCAAAUGGAGAAUCCAGAGAGGGAUCCAAACAAUCCAAACGUAGUCCAGUACAUUCCAAAACCCAAAGAGAAAUGGGAUGAUAGAGAUUGCAAAAUGCACAACCUGGACAACGUCGCCAAAGCAGCCAUCUUCAAGACACUUGAUCCCAUCACCUUUUCCAAAAUCAAGCAUCUCAAGACUGCCAUGGAAAUAUGGAAAGGUCUUGGGAAGUUGUGUGAGGGAUUAGGCGAUCUGAGAAAGCAGAAAAUAGAGGUUCUACUUGAGAAGUUUAAAAGCUUCAAAAUGCUUCCCAGAGAAUCAUUUGACUUGCUGGAUGAAAGAUUCCACAAGAUUCUAAAUGAUCUUGCAUCACUUAACCACGUUCUUUCUCCCAAAGAAAAGAAUGUAAGGUUACUAAGGUCUCUUCUGGCUGAAUGGUACACCAAAGCCACAACCAUGGAAGAAGGAAGAAAUCUGGAGAACUACAUUGUUCAAGGUGUCCUAGAUGAGCUCCGAACCUAUGAACACGAGCUGGAGAAGAAGAAAAAAGAAGAACAAAUCACCACCUAUCCCACGACACUGAUGACGAACCCCAAAGUCUCAGCAAGAGAAGGGAUAUGUCCAAGGAGCUGUGACACUCCUUCCACCAGCCUGCCAACAAGCUUGAAGGCGGAGAACUACGAAGAUGAAUUUGCAAUGAUGGUCAAGCAAUUCCAGAAGUUCAAAAAUUUCUUCAAGAAAACUGACUCCAUCAGAAGGCCAUCCAAGGGAAAGCUACAGAUAAGUAACUCUCCCCCUGAAUCCUAUCUGUGUUAUAACUGCAGGAAGCCUGGCCACUGGAAGUCAGCUUUUCUGUAUCCAAAAGUGGAGAACAUACCAACUUCUGAAAAUCUCUUUGACAAGUUCAAAAAGAUGAUGAGAGAUUUUGUAGAAAUCAAUCUCAAAGACUCAUCCUUAACAGAGGAGAACAAGCUAUUGAGUGAAGAGAAUCUCAAGUUGGCUGAAGGUCAGAAAAGUCAACUAAGUGAGAUCACUCAACUCAAGACUGAAAAUGAGUCUCUCUCUGAAAAGGUAAAAUCCCUCAACAAGGAGCUAGGGAUACUGAUGUCCAAAGAAGCUGUGGAUAAGCUUCUUGAAACGACCAAAAAAAAGGGUCGUGAAGGACUUGGGUUUGACCCCUCCAGUUCCAAAAGGAAAGGGAGAACAACAUUUAUUCCUCCCAAACCUACUGCCAAACCCAAUAAGCAGAAAGGUAAGGAGAUGGAAAAACCAAUAGAAGUUCCCAAGAAGGAAGCCACUAAGUACCCAGGUGUCUGGUACUUAGACAGUGGCUGUUCAAGACACAUGAUGGGUGAUGCGAGUCUUUUGAGCAAUCUAAUUCCCUAUGAUGGUCCAAGAGUUACUUUUGUAGGAAGUAAUGAUUUUGGCCUUACAAAAGGGCUAGGAAAUCUGGUGUACAAGGAACUAACCAUCCAGGCAGUAUCUUAUGUGGAAGGCCUCAACUAUAACCUUCUAAGCAUAAGUCAGUUCUGUGAUAAAGGUUACUCUCUGGAAUCCUGGAAGGACAUGACAUCCCUCAAGAACAUCUCCACAAAUGAAGUCAUUCUCACUGGCAAGAGAAUAAGGAACAUCUACGAAGUGAUGUGGGAAGAUGUCAAAGAAGCAUGCCUAAUGAGCAAAGGUGACACUAACCUUCUAUGGCUUUGGCAUAAGAGGUUGAGUCAUAUCAACUUCAAAACCCUCAACAAGUUAUCCAAAGAAGGGUUCGUGGAAGAGAAAAUGAAGGUUGGAGGCACGAAUGUUCACUUCAAGAAAUUGGUAGCCAAAUGCUCUUCACCUGCUUUCUACGAAGCGUAUUUGGAGAUGAUUAAAGCUCAAGAACUGUCUGAAUUUCAUCAUCUAGAAAUUCCGUUCAAAUAUGAAGAAGAAGUUCUGGAAUUCUACAGAAAUGAAGAAAUCAAGACUGUCCAAUCAAAGAAGAAUCCACAAAGAUCGAUUCAAAUCAUCGAAUCAACUGUUGGAGGCACGAAAGUGAAGAUCUCACAGAAGAAGAUGCAAAAGAAGCUUCAUCUUCCCCAUUCUGGAAUUAAUUCCAAAAGGGGCUGCAGACCUGAACGGAUUAGGGUGUUACACCUUGGAUAUCUACUGGAAUCUAUGGGCAUUGCCUCUGAAGAAAAGAAAUAUGAGGCAAGAUAUUGGUUGUACUAUCUGUCAACCAAAGGUGAAAACAGAGCCAGCUCUGUUGCAGAAGAUGAAGGAUCUUCAGAAAAUGUUCUAGUUAUAAGUCUGAAGAAAUCCUCAAAGAGAAAGCAAGUGGUAUCUCCCUCCCCCAGUGUUGAGGAACCACAAGACCUUGGAAUGGUAAAUCUGGAUGAGGAGGAAGAAGUCUCUGCACAAGAAUUUGAGGUUGAUGAUGAAGAUACAGCAGUCUACAAACCCAUCUUCUCCAAUCCAUCUGAAAAUCAGAUUGAAAACCAGACUGAAGACAUCACUGUAGAAGCACAAGCAGACAUGGAAGCUGAUGCUGAGGAUUUCCAAAUUUUUCUAGAAACCUCCCCUGCAUUUGAAACUGUUCCUGUUGAAACUACUGAACUUGAAAUUUCGGAAAGGUCAGCAGAAAAUCUGGAGAAGUCCACCCCGCCAAAUGCCACAGAAGAAGAAGCUCAGGAAGAACCAGAAGUGGAAGCACAAAGGAGCUUUGAAGAAGCUGCAGAAGGUGCUCAAAUAGCCAGACUGGAAGCUACUGAAACUCCAGUUGCUAUCUUUGAGCAACAAAAUGCUGAUGUAGUAAGAGAUUCACUUUCUCGGGAGAUCUCAAACUACAGGGGUACAGAAACUGCGGAAGAGUCAGUGAAGACUCUGAAAGUCCAUGAAGAAGAUGUUGAAGAAGGAGAAGAAUCUGAAUCUCUCCCACUGCAACUCUAUCACAGUGUACCUCCAUCCUAUCAAGUAACAAACUUCCACUUUCACAGCUCUUCCAUAUCUACUCUACCAGAUGAGAUUCCGGAAUCCUGGACCAGAAAGGUUCAAGGGCUGGUUGAAUCAGCCUUAGAGUCUCAAAAAGCCUCAUUUAGGGAAGAGUUAGAUAAGAUAGAAGUGAGACAUAAUAAGAUUCUGGAGAAGACUGAAGAGAAGUAUAGCUCAAACCUCAAAGAGAUAAGUCAAACUGCCAACAAGACCCUUAAGAUCAUUUCUCUCAUGAGUAACUCAUUGAGCACUACCAUGAUGACCUAUGCCUCUGACUGCCAUCUUCAACUCAAAGAAGCGAUGGAAGUCAAACACCAGAUUGCCACUUUCACUACCAGUCUUCAGAAGCAGAUGUCACUUCUACAAAUGGACAUCAGGUCAGCCUUGGCAGUAUCUUUAGCAAAUCAAGUGGUCACCCAAGAUUACCUGAGGGUGCUCGCUGACAAUCAGAAGGAAGCAUUUAAGCUCUUCAAGCACUUUGCGACCUUCACUACCAAACACAAGUUGGAUGUGACUGUCCAAUAAAAGAAUUUACCUGAAAUUCCAAGACUUCCAAUUCAAGCUCAUCAAGGAGAACUUAGAUCUUAAUUUACUCCUUGACACCAUGCAUUUUUCUAAAGAAGGAAUAGGUUUUAAUAAAAACGAAGCUAAGGAUAAAGAAAACGUUGAGCAAACACCUAGACAACCUCCUAAGGCUCAACAUAAGAAAGCUAAAAAUCAAGUAAAUAGAAAACCUAGUCAAUCUAAGAACACUAGACAACCUAGACAAAAACCUAGGAAUGAAAACGUUCAUGGUAGACAACCUAAGAAAAAUUAUCAAAAUGUUUUUGUGCAUAAAAACAUUUUUUCUCAAAAUAGAAGAGACAAUAUGAGAACACCUAGAAAUGAUCCUUUUGAAAACAUGCAUAAACCAUCCUUUUCUCAAAAUAGGACAAACAUGGUUAGGCCCCCUAGCUAUUAUCAACCUAGGCAUAUGUUCAACCCAAAUGUAGUAUGCCAUUAUUGCAAUAGGGUAGGACAUAUAGCUCCCGUGUGUUUCACUAGACAUAGGCACUUGACCUUUAAUGAAACACACACCAUAUUUAAUGCUGACGAAAAGAAAUUCUUUGGAAAAGG